CUAUCACAAAUUUCAAAUUUCCGUCUUGCAGAUUUCAGAUUCAUCGGUCCAGAUCGGUGAAUUUCUUCUCCGGAUUCUUCAUCGCCAGAUUCAGGCAGAAGAAGGCAUGGCAACAAACGGGACGACAUGCCCAAAACCGAUGAAGGCGGCUUCUAACGGAGUUUUUCAAGGCGAAAAUCCUCUCGAUUAUGCGUUGCCUCUCCUGAUACUACAAAUAUGUAUUGUGGUCGUGCUCACUCGCACUCUCGCCUUCUUCCUCCGUCCUCUCAGGCAACCUCGCGUCAUCGCUGAGAUUGUGGGAGGUAUACUGCUUGGUCCAUCAGCACUCGGGAAAAGCUCCAAGUUUCUCAACACAGUCUUCCCAGCGAAAAGCAUCACAGUCUUAGACACAAUUGCCAACUUAGGUCUCCUCUUCUUCCUAUUCCUCGUCGGCCUUGAACUCGAUCCAAAAUCUCUUCGCCGAACUGGAAAAAACGCCCUCUCCAUCGCAGUAGCCGGAAUCACCCUCCCUUUUGUCCUCGGCAUUGGCACCUCAUUCGCUCUCCGUCACACCAUCUCCGAUGGCGUCAGCAACGCUCCUUUCCUUGUCUUCAUGGGCGUUGCUCUCUCCAUCACCGCCUUCCCCGUCUUGGCUCGUAUCCUCGCUGAGAUCAAGCUCUUGACCACUGAUAUCGGCAAAAUCGCUUUGUCCGCCGCUGCUGUCAACGACGUCGCGGCUUGGGUUCUCCUCGCGUUGGCCAUCGCGCUUUCUGGUGAAGGAGACUCUCCACUCACUUCUCUAUGGGUUUUCCUCUCUGGUUUCGGUUUUGUCCUCUUCUGCAUUUUUGUCGUCCGUCCGGUCAUGAAGUGGAUGGUUAAACGCUGUCCUGAAGGCGAACCCGUUAAAGAACAGUACGUGUGUUGCACGUUAGCUGCGGUUCUGGCAGCGAGUUUCAUCACAGACGCCAUUGGAAUCCAUGCGCUGUUUGGAGCAUUCAUUCUCGGUGCGAUCUUUCCAAAAGAAGGGAACUUUGCGAGUUCUCUGGUCGAGAAAGUGGAGGAUCUCGUGUCGGGCCUUUUCUUACCGCUGUACUUUGUUUCCAGUGGGUUAAAGACCGAUGUUGCCACGAUACGAGGUGCUCAAUCUUGGGGCCUUCUUUUCUUGGUUAUCUUCAACGCUUGUUUUGGAAAGAUUGUCGGUACCGUUGUUGUAUCGAUUUUCUGCAAAGUUCCAGUUGCAGAAUCCUUGGCUCUUGGUUUCUUGAUGAACACGAAAGGUCUUGUUGAACUCAUUGUCCUCAACAUUGGUAAAGAUAGAGGGGUCCUGAACGAUCAGGUGUUUGCCAUAAUGGUUCUAAUGGCGAUCUUCACCACCUUCAUCACAACUCCUCUAGUAAUGGCGGUUUACAAACCGGCUAAAGCCUUGUCCAAAGGCGAGUACAAGCAUCGCAACGUAGAGAAAUCAAACGAGUCCAACAAACAACUCCGGCUUCUCGUCUGUUACCACAGCAUGAUCAACAUACCGACAAUGGUCAACCUCAUCGAAGCCUCGCGAGGCACCAACCGUAAAGAAGGCCUCUGCGUGUACGCAAUGCAUCUCAUGGAAUUGUCCGAAAGACCCUCUGCCAUUCUCAUGGUCCACAAGGCCAGAAAAUUUGGCCUGCCCUUCUGGAACAAGGGCAUAUUCGGAAAUUCAUCCGACGUCAUCAUGGUGGCCUUCGAGGUUUUCUGCCAGCUCAGCCGAGUUUCCGUACGGCCCAUGACCGCUAUCUCCGCCAUGGCUACCAUGCACGAGGAUAUCUGCCAGAGCGCAGAACGAAAACGAGCUGCAAUGGUCAUCAUCCCUUUCCACAAGCAUAUGACCCUCGAGGGAACAUGGGAAACUACGCGGUCUGAAUAUCGCUGGAUCAACAAGAGGGUUAUGGAGCAAUCUCCAUGCUCGGUUGCUAUUCUAGUGGACCGUGGGCUCGGCGGCACGACUCGCGUCUCGUCGAGCGAUUUCUCCUUGGUUGUGACCGUCUUGUUCUUCGGAGGGAACGAUGACCGGGAAGCAUUAGCGUUCGGUGCUCGAAUGGCUGAGCAUCCCGGUAUUAGCCUAACCGUUGUCCGGUUCAUCCCCAGCCAAGAUUUUAAACGGGAUAACGUGAAGGUCGAGAUAACCGAAGAUGGAACCGGUACAAGCGAGAACAAUUUGCUCGACAUUCAAGCUAUAAACAAACUCAAAGCGAAGACCAAACAAGAAGAGAGUUCCAGUUCUGUUUCUGAUUCUGACUCUCUAAUCGUGUAUGAGGAGAAAUUCGUGAAACGUUCAGAGGAAGCUGUAGAGAUCAUCAAGGAAUACAAAAGAAGCAAUCUUUUCUUGCUGGGGAAGUCACCGGAAAGUCCGGUGGUGUCAGGUUUGAACGUGAGAAGCGAUACGCCGGAGAUUGGACCGGUCGGAAACUUGUUGAUAUCUAACGACGUUGUCUCGACGUCGGCGUCAGUGUUGGUGGUGCAACAGUACGUUCCCGGCCGAGCUCCUCCGGCCACCGGAGCUAUUUCAAGAGCCGCGGUUGCGGAGUCGCCGGAGGAUGAUUCCGAGUGUUCUUAGGGCUUAUCUUUUUGGCGCCCAUAUGCUCGGAGAAGGUGUGUAUAUAUAUAUACACACACGCGUGGUCAAUACCCUGUACCUGUAAUGUGUAUUUGAUUAUGUAAAUAGAUUACAUAAUGAAUCUACUGUGCCUGUGGAAGCCUUUCAUGUAGAAAAAAAAGUUUGUGUAUUUUAGAAAAUAAAGAAUGAAAUAUCAGGGUUUGCUUGAAACCACACAUUUUUCUUUAUUUUCUUCGUACAAUUUGCGUUGUAUGUAUCGCACACUCAAUGGGUUGGUUUGUAAAUUU